GUCCAGUUCUGUUUCUUAAUAAUACCGCAACUAAAAUGUCUUGCAAGCAGCAAAGUCAGCAAGAUGAGCCACAUGGAGUUGACCUGGACUGCAUUCAGUUUUCCUGUUCAGUGUGUUUGGAUCUUCUGAAAGAACCCGUCACCAUUUAUUGUGGACACAGUUAUUGUAAAAGCUGCAUUGAGCAUUGCUGGGAUGGAGAGGAGGAGAAGGGUGAAUACAGCUGUCCUCAGUGCAGGGAGACAUUCAGCCAUCGGCCUGUUCUCAGGAGGAACAACAUGCUGGCUGAGGUUGUGAAUAAGCUAAAGAGCACUAAGUUAACAUGUCCUUCUCUGGUCUAUGCCAGCCCAACUGAUGUUGCCUGUGACUUUUGCUGUGGGAUCAGAAUCAAAGCCACCAUGUCAUGUUUGACCUGCUUGGCAUCUUACUGUCCCACUCACCUCGAGCCUCACUACAGUGUUGCUGUGUUGAAGAAGCACGAGCUGGCGGCAGCUACAGUGUCAAUACAGGAGAAAAUGUGCACGAAGCACAGCAAGUUAAAGGAGCUCUACUGUGAGCAAGAUGAGCAGCUUGUUUGCUCUUUGUGCACAGUGGAUGAGCACAAGGGCCACGGAUGUGUUUCCGCUUCAGCACUCAAGGAUAAGGCAAAGAAUCAGCUGGCUUUAAAUCAAAGGAAAAUCCAGGACAAAGUCGAAAAGAAAGAGAAGAAGCUGAAAGAACUGAGCCAAGCCAAGGAGAGUCUCAAGAGUUCUGCUCUGAUUUCCCUGAACGACUGUGACAAGAUCUUCGAUGAGCUCAUCUCUUCCAUGCAAAGAAAACAGAGUGAGGUGAAGCAGCUGAUUAAAGCCCAAGAAAAAACUGCCACCGCUCAGGUGGAGGACCACCAGUCUCAGUUGAAGGAGGAGAUUACAAAGCUGAAGAGAACGUACGCUGAACUGGAAAAAGCUUCGGAUGCAGAUGACCUCAUAUAUCUGAUGCAGCAUCUCUCCACUUCCUGGGAUUCUCCAGAUGGCUCACCUGGAGCUCCUCCUCAACGCUCCUUUAAAGACAUAAGCAAGUGUUUGUCUGAGCUCAAAGAUAAACUGGAAAUGUCACUGAAAGAAACAUGGCCCAGGAUCUCAGCCACAGUUUCAUAUGUUGACUUCUCACUACCUCCGGCCCCCAGCAGCAGAGAAGAGUUUUUACGUUAUGUUUAUCCCCUCACACUGGAUGGGACCUCAAACUAUCAUUAUCUCCACCUGAUAUGCGAGAAUCGCAGGAUGAGGCCUUCACCCGGCCAGGCUUCAGCGCAUCUGGACAGGUUCACUAAAUUUCCCCAGGUGCUGUGCAGAGAGGGUUUGUUCGACCGGUGUUACUGGGAGGUAGAGGGACAUGCUCGCACUCUGUCUGUAGCAGUGGCUUAUAAAAACAUCAGUCGGACAUCAGAUGAGUCACAGUUUGGCAAAAAUGACAAGUCCUGGAGUUUAGAUUGCACUGCAGAUGGCUUUUUAUUCUGUCACAAUAAUGUAGAAACCAAGGUGCCCGGCUCUGGUCUCUGCAAGAUUGGAGUCUUCCUGGAUUAUAAAGCAGGUAACGAAGUGAUUUUUCAAGACUAUCUUUAA